UAUACAGUAUAUUAUGCUGGUGGUGAUACCUAUGUUGUAAAGCCAGGUCUUGACUUUAGAGGUGUUGCAUACGCAACCUACUCCAAUCAAAUGAUGACCACCGGUUGGGGCUAUCUCAGUCUCACCACUUCACAAGGCUAUCCAGAUUACAUUCAAGCCGCAGGUGCUGGUUUUUUAGAAGGUUAUAUUUCACAACAAAUGAUCUGGCAAAAUUGGGAAAAUAUGUAUAAGAAUGAGUAUCACAAUGCCAUCGGAAGUGAUGUCGAAAAUUGGAUUAACAGCAAUCUCGAUUAUCUUACUACUCAAAUUGCAGGAAACACAGAUUCACCAUAUUGGCAACACACCGAUUUAUUAUUAGCCCAACUUCUCUACAUGCAACGUGGUUACAAUCAAUCUAUCACCGAUGCUAGACUUGAUGAUAACCAAAUGUUAAGUAUUAUCCCAUUCCUCUUAAUGAACAUGGAUGGUGAUAUGAUUGAUCUUGGUCCAGCCCUCAAUCUUACCAACGGAAAAGAACAACAAACUCCAGCUAGUGCACCAAAUCCAAAACAAGCCUUCAAAGAAUUUAUGAGAAGAACUGGUCAUUGUUCAGCCUUAAUUAAAUUAAAUGCUGACUUAAGUGAUUUAUAUUCUGGUCACACCACUUGGUCAUCAUAUUAUGAAAUGGUCCGUAUGUUCAAAGUUUACACAUUUAACUUUGCUACACCAGCAGCCUCAAAAACUACUAUGUUUUCAAGUUACCCAGCCACUUUAUCAUCAAUUGAUGAUUUCUAUCUUUUAGAUUCAAAUAUUGUUGUCAUUGAAACCACCAAUGGUUUAAUGAACAAUAAUCUCUAUCAUCUUAUUUCCGCCGAAUCAGUUCUUUCUUGGAUGAGAGUUGUUGUUACCAACCGUUUAGCUACUUCAGGUCUUUCAUGGUGUCAAACCUUCUCAUUAUAUAAUUCUGGUACUUACAAUAAUCAAUGGAUUAUUGUUGAUUACAACAAAUUCAUUAAAGGUCAAAGCGUCCUUGAUGGUACCCUCUACAUUUUAGAACAAAUCCCAGGUUAUGUCGAAUAUUCAGAUGUUACACCAAUCCUUCGUAAUGGAUAUUGGGGUUCAUUCAACAUUCCAUUUUAUGAAAACGUCUAUGAUGUUUCAGGUUUUAAUGAAACCUAUGCUCAAUAUGGCAGUUGGUUCUCAUAUGAAGGCUCACCAAGAGCAUUAAUUUUCAGACGUGAUGCUAACAACGUUAAAUCACUCAGUGAUUUCCAAAAAAUUCUUCGUUAUAACAACUGGCAAAACGAUCCAUUUUCACAAGGUAAUGCUGGUAACCAAAUUUCAAGUCGUUUCGAUUUAGUCACUCAAGAUGAUCCAAACAAUCAAUACCUUGAUCCAGAUGCUUUUGGUGGCAUUGAUUCAAAGGUUGUUAGUUCAGAUAUGGUUAAGAGUCUCAUUGUUAACGCCCAAUCAGGUCCAUCACAUGAUAAUGAAACUCCAUUCUCAUGGGACUCAAAGUGGAAUACUAAAUACACCUAUUCAGGUCAACCAACUGUAUGGAACUUUGGUUGGUAUGCUAUGAGUGUCACUACAAUG